AGGACCGCGCGCCGAUACCUACACUUGCGACGAAGAUCGAGAGAAGUGCCCUGUUACACGGUUCGAACGCUGGAAUUCAUUCGAGUAACGAUUAAACCGGAAGUACUCCGACAGCGACGAAGGAGUUCGAAAGAAUCCACUGCGAAAAGUUCACCCGUUCUCAUGACUACCGGCGCCAUGAAGGUCUCAGGAUUCGUCUCUUGUGCCAUUGUGAUUAUUGUUUUCAUUGCCGUCGUAAAUUCAGCCGUGCCACAGGACAGGAUAGACUCGCAGAUUUUGGAUCCAUUCGUGGUGGACGUUAAGGCAAAGAGACCAUUCUGCAACGCUUUCACCGGUUGUGGCCGAAAGCGAAGCUCUCCUGUUGCCAUCCAAAACUUGAAUCCCUUAGGUGGGGAAGGUAUGAAAAUCGUUCGACUUCCGCUUCCGUUGUACCGCGCUCUGCUGCAUGCGGCCUCUUCCCAGGAAAUGAAUAAUCAAAUAAUUGACCACCAGGAUCAAUCCGCUGGAGACUUUAACAGGCUUCAAGAAAUUCCCGUUCAAGAAUUCGAAAUUCCCGCGCAAAAAUUCCAACCACGUGACCAAUACGAGAGUUAAUUUCUUAGUUUAAGACCUAUUAAUACAUGUCAUGAUACAUAUGUGCCAAGUAUAAUGACUAAAUUAAUGAAUACUCAAUUGGUAUCAGAGCUAUCUUACUUAACUCGUUUUGUUUAUGCAGGCUGGAAAAUCGAUCGUCUUAUUAUUUGAUACUUCAUCCCGUCAACGAUAUCAAAUCAGAUUACUUUAUUCGGUAUAUUCUAAAAAAAAAAUUCAGCUGUGGUUAUCGCUCUGUCUAAGUAUCUGGAUAGAUAAACUAUUUGUUAUUCAAUAUUCACUCGUCAUUAGUUCACUCUAUUCAACAUAAUCGAUGGUUAAGCAAUGGGAAGGCUAAUUUUGUUAAUUUCAAACAUGAGACCCGGAUUAUUAUGCCACAUGAAUAAUCUCUACGAUUACUAUACCUGCAUAAUAACACUGCGAUAACCUAUAUACGCCGAGAUUUAAAUGUAAUGUCUAAUAAAGUAUCAUGAUUUCCUGUAA